GAGAAACAAGCAUAUGAUAAAAAAUACAUUCCUUCGGUAAGGUGGCUUUUGUGACACAUUUCUAUUAUUUAGUUACUAUUAUGCGUUUUUUGCGGGUAACUUAUCGCUGAAUCCCAUCAAUUUCUAUUUUUAGAAAGCGAAAGCAUGCUAAGUUUUUUGUUGUUUUUUGUAAAUUAACCAUAAAACAACACAUACUUUAAAUGUGAUUUAGAAUGAUCUAAUCAUAUGACGUGAGCAUGAAAACAGAAAGUGAAAAUAACUGAAUGUUUUUGAGACAUAUCGUAUAAUGCAAACUGCUUUUCAAUGUUAUCUCCGAGAACAACUUAAUACAAAGUUAAGCGAUGAAAGUUCUCGGUUAUUGUUUCGUUACGAGUGGGCGAGACUACGAUCAUUCGAGACGUUUACAGCGUCUGACGUCAGCGCUAUACGUCUGGCACAGCAUGGUUUCUUUUAUUCGGGCAAUGGAACGUCAGUGCAGUGCUAUUCGUGUGGAUUUACGUUUGAGGACUGGCACAGCAGUAAACAUGUGUGGGCAAUACACACAACGCUCAGACCCGACUGUCCCUUUGUCAGGGGCGAUAAAGACGCGGAUAACGUACCGAUACAUGGUGACGGGACAGGAGGGACAACAAGGGAUAUUGAAGCUGAACAGAAGCCAGUUACACCCGCGACUACAGAAAAGGAAGUUGGGUGUUCCUCUCUUGCGAUAUAUAGUCCGGAAAAAGAAAAACAAGCAGUCGAUGAAAACAAACGCCUAAAGGACCUAUUGACGUGCAAAAUCUGCGUGGACAACGACGCAUGCGUGGUUUUCCUACCAUGUGGUCACAUGGUCAGUUGCGAUAAGUGUGCGCAUGCGCUUAGGAAGUGCCCUAUAUGUAGAGUUCGAAUCGCGGGCCAAGUGAAAAGCUUGAUGAAAUAAAUUCAAAUAAUGUGAUGCAACAAUACACCAGUUUAACGAUUUCGUUUGGCGUUAACAAUAAACUCACGUUUCAACAAUACAGAUUCACCUAAUCGUACAUGUACUUUGCAAAUGGGAGAAUUUAUACACAUCAUACAGUUAUUUGUUGUGUGUUGUUUUAUGAACAUAAAUUUAUUUUAUCUCGAUGAGUCGACACUUGAUAAUUUUUUGAUUUAUACGUACACGUUUAGCUUGUGUUUUUGUUCAUUAAAUAUUUUGAAAUUGUU